UCAGUUACUACGCCGUCGUCUCGCUGCCUGCAAUGCGCGAGUCCAUCCAUUUUUGCCUCUGAAAAAAAAGUGCUCUAAUAUUUAUGUUGUGGUUCUCGGCGUAUGUGUUGUGCUGUUCGCGUUUACGUGGGUGUUGCGGAUACGAUUCGGAUACUCGUGCAUCGGAUACACGCAUCAUCAGCCCCUAGACUCGCCGACACUGGUCCAAGGUGCAGUUGGGAGGUGAUGUGUUGUCGUCGAGCGGGGUCCGACGGAGCGCGGUGGGAGCGCGGCGUCCGGCGGCGGGGUCUGAUGCUUGCGCAAGCGAAGGCAUGGAGGGCCAGGCCCCGAGCCCCCUGGAAGCGCGCUUCGCCCCGGGGGCCCCCUGUCCGCUGCAACAGCACUACGCCAGGAUGCUCAUGCAGCAGCAGCAGCACGCGGUGCCCACAACCGCCGCCGGAGGCGCCGCCCUAUUCCCUUACCUGAGUGCACUGAGCAACAACGCAUCCAGCCCCGGAGGGAGCCCCCUGGGUCCCCUGGGAAGCUUCCGGGCUCCACAUACGUCGCCAAACAUGGCCGCCAUGCGCCAGUUCUGGCCCCCUACCCCUCCGCCCGAUAUGUCAACGUCUCCAGGCUACAGCCGCUAUGGAGGGAGCUACUACUCUCUAUUCCCACCGUUGAGUUCCCCACCAGACCCCUUUGGGCCCCCUGGAAGCCUGUUUCCCCGCCUGGCACACUCUGCUUCCCACUAUCCUUCACUUCUGGACCGAGAUGGUGGAUUUCUCUCACAAGGCCUGGGCUCGCCCCUUUCGCACUAUGCUUCGGCACUGUCACCUCUUGCCAGCUCUUCGCUGCUGUCACCACCCACAUCGAGCUCGACAGGCACGGAUCUGAGCCACCCUGGAAAGAUGCUUGAUGAGCCAAUCACACCCACGGCCCAUAGCCACGCCGACAGUCUGCUGACCACCGUAGCUCCACUCAACUCAUCCACACAGAGUGUCCGACCUUUGAGCAAGCCUCCAAAUGCGCACAUGAAGGACCGCUGCUCAGAGAAGUCUCGUUCGAAAAAGUCGUCCCAGAAAAGCACGAACAAAAGUGGCCCGACUGACCUGUCAAUGGGUGCCACUCAAGUGACCACUGGCCGAACAAAGACUGUCGAGAAGUGCUCGCACUGCACUUGUAAGCCACAGAACUGUGGCACCGUGACCAGUGCAUCGUGGUCUCGGGAAUUGUCGGACAAUGGUGGCAUGGCAGCCACGGCUGAGGGGGCCAGCUCACCACCGACAGAGCCUUCAGCAACUGCGGGGAUGUCACUGUGUUGCAUUCCAUCAGAUCAGGUGACAUCAACUGUUCCAUCCCCAUCGGCACAUCCGCCACCCCUGCUGUCACCAACGGGGCCUGCCGUUGUCAGCUCAUCGACUCCGGAUGUCAGUCUCACACCACCAACUCCCGAGGCGGCGGCGGACUCCCCGGUUUCCAACACACCUCCUCUGCAUUCUCCUCCCCAAGCUUCUCCCCUUCGCAACCUUUCCCCCAUGCCCGAACCCGCGCCAGAAUUGGCUACGAGCUUGCAAAAGGACACUAGUGUUUUCACUCGAGGAGAUUGCAGCUCAACGACAGACGAGUGCCGUGCCAUCGCUGCUGUGGCACCCGUGACGCCCGUCAGUUGCGUGACACCCGUGAGUUCCGUGGUCCCCGUCGUAAGUGUCGUCACGCCUGUGAAUACUGUCUCGCCAGUCAAAACUGUCAUUUCCCCCGUCAGCACCGUCGCACCUGUCAAUACCGUUACACCCGUUGUCAGUACCGUCACGUCCAUCAAUAAUGUCACACCCAUCCCUACCGCUGCAACGGCUGCCGUCAACACUGCGGCAGUGAGUUGCACGUCCACAUCAGCCAGUGCCUCCGUCACGUCUACCCCGGUCAAUCACGUCGUGCCCAUGGCGCCCGUCAACCCCGUGGUUGCCGUUGUCCCACGAUUACCGUCACCCAAGGAGGAAAAAGAAGAGAUGCGACCAGAGUGCCGUUAUGCUACGGCAGUUGCCAAGCGGGAGCCAGUGGAUCUGGAGCAACGUGCGACGGGCCCCGCCCUUGUGCCUCUGGGCAAGAAUGCGGUCAUGCUUUCGGUGCAGCAGACAAAAGUGGUCUCGCAGACAAGGCUCCGCGGUGGCAGCAAGAGCAAUGGGCUUGCUGUGGGCAUGGCCAAGGCCUCUGCCAAGACCACGUCGGUUUUCUCCACACCUCUCGGCUCGGGCACAGGUUCACCUAAGGUGCAAGAAGUGGCUCCAGUCAAUCUCAAGAUUUCCAAGUCGUGCGAGGCCGUCCUCCAGAAGCCCGACGGAGCCACCUCUACGGGAAUCCCGACUUGCGUGGCAGUGGCAACGCGACGGCCGCAGGAGGCUGGUGGCAGCAAGAUUGUGGUGGAGGAGAAGUGCGACACCACGGUGUCGGUGGUUCCUGCUCUGAGUGUGCUCAACGCCUCCAGCCAGCCGAUCCCUGUGGGCAUCGCUGUGGCACAGCAGCGCCAAGACCACACCAUCACAUGCAGCAAGACAAGCUUGUCGUCAAGUGCAGCAGAGCAGAGUCACAUAACAGCAGUGAGCUGCUCGACGGUCAUCUUGGCAGCAGGCGGUUCAGACAGAGGACCACGUCUCUGUGAGUCGAGGCAAGGACCAGCUGCCCACCAAGGAAUGGCCGAGACGACGACGACAUGCCUCGUCACUGCUGGCCCUGUACCAGCGCACACCACGUGGGACUCUCAUUCUGAUGCUCUGGCAAUUCGGCCAGCUGCGGCUGCACUGCCAUGGUUGACGACACCAGCGCCGCCUGUGGUGACCACGCCCACCAUCUGGCUCCCGCAAGAGGCCACUCCGCCACCACUCGCAUCACCUGGUGGUUUCCAGCUGGCACGGGACGCUCUUACCGGGCAGUUGUACCUCGUCCCAGCAGCACCGACAAGCUGGACACUCUCCGGUGCUGCCACAGCCAGCCCCGUACAGCAAAUCCUGACCACUCAGCAGCACACCACCUUCCAGCAGAUCAUGCCAGACCAGUGGAGAAGCGAGCUGAAACCCACUGCAACGGUUUUUGAGGCAGUGCCCCCAAAGCUUGAGAUUCUGGAGGCGGCGAAGGACCUGUCGACAGGAGCGGCAUUUGCGUAUUCCACGAUGCCGACUGCGGUGGCGACUCCGCCGACCCCCUCUGUGGUGUCCUACCUGUACGACCCGUCUGCAGUGGUCCAGCAGCUGACUCAAGUGGCUGGCACCACGUCCGUGGUGGCUGCCCUGGCCUCUGGAAAGGUCUCCCAGGGCACGUCUCCCCUGGUGACGACCAGCAGCCCCUCGUUGCCACCACAACCCUUGGUUGAGCAGGGGGUGCAAGCGUGUGACACUGACAAUGCAACCGAGGAGAGUGACGAUGACACACUGCGACCAACGCCUGUCCUGCCCUGUGUCAAGCCAGGGUCUGCAGUGACUUCGGUCACAACAGCAAUCCAGGUGGAUAUGGACUGCCAAACGACGUCGGAUGACAAUGAGCCAGAUGAACCAAUGCCCGUUGCCGUGCAGACGACAGACUCUGCCAACCAGACGGACGACUUGCCACAGCAGACAGCACAGCCACAUGUGGAGCCGGAGGAGCACGAUCCUGGCGUUCGCACUCCGCUAUUUACUCCUCCGCGAGUAAAGGUUCAGGACACGUCAGAUAGCGAGAUAGACGACUCCAUACCGGUGCUUCUCACUCAGACUUCGGGUGUCCAGGAGUUCAUCGACCACCAUGGACUGGAUCUGUUGGUCGACAGCAUCGAAGAGUUUGCGGCCAACCAAGAAGCUGCGGCAGAAAGCAUGCCACGACUGGAGAAAUCCGAGACUUCUCGAGAUUCGGUUGGAGAGGCAGCAGUGUCGCCAGAGAAGGGCAGUCCACCGGCGCUAACCGCACAGUCACCCUCUUCUCGUCCAGAAGAAUGGUUUGCCCGUCGAAGCUUCAGCCCAGGCCCAUCAUCCAAAACUGCACCGCAAAGUCCACCAUCUCCACCCCUCCUUGAGGCAAACCUCGACUCUCCAAACAAUUCUAAGAUCUCACUGUUUGACUCGCUCAAGAUUGUCACAGACUCGACAGAUUCUUUCGAAGACAAAGACAGUUCAGGGGAAAUGGCUGUUCAGCGAUCCACCUUUGCACAGUCGAAGACGAGUUGUGACUCGGAGCGGUCGUUUGCAGAGGCAAAUACUUUCAGCACGUUAGUGACUGAGAACGCAGCUUUCCCGAGAAAACUCGCACCAUCAUCGCCUUGUAAAACAGACGUCACGAAGGACUUCUCGAGUGACCACUUGACUUUUGUCUUUAAAGGUUCUCAAACAGCAGAGAAUGGGUAUGGUGGAUUUGAAAGAAGCUCAAAAGAUUUUUCCCAGGCAAAACCUCCGUUCCAGUGGCACGAUGUUUCAAAGGAGCAGGCUGAAGUUGUGGCCAGUGACGCUAGUUUAGUGGCAGGAUCUGCCGCCGCAACAUUUGAUGCAUCGUGUACAGAUGGCUUGGGCCUUUUGUGCGCGCUUGCUGAACAGAGGUUCUUGGAAGAGGCAAGGAAGUCCUCCGAGGUCGCGGAGCUGCCAGUGGAAGACGAAAAGCCAAGUCCUGUCAAAACAGCUCCCGCAGAUGAAGUGCCACCUUCUGAAGAUGGUGGGAAGCUGUCGGCUGCCGAAUCCUUGGAACAAGUGGAACGAGAAAUGCGCAUCCAACUGGCAGAGCUGCAGCGCAAGUAUCGCGAAAAGCAGCGGGAACUGGCAAAACUGCAGCCUCGAAAGGACAAGGAAUGUGAUCAGGAAAAAAGUUCAGCGCACAAGAAGGCAUCGUCCGCAUCCACAUCUCAUCAGAGGAAGCGCCGUCACUCUUCUACAACUCGGCCGUUGUCGCCAUUUGAUGCGUUGAAGCAGAGCACCGAUGCAAAGGAGGUUGUCGCAGACAAGAAGGCCGAUGCAGCUGCUUCGAGCAAGGAGCUGGUGAAGUCGUCGUGUCACGAGACAACCACCAAGAAAGCAGCAGAAAAGAGUACAGUGUCAGCAGCAUCUAAAGACGUUGAAGGCAAGAGACCUCAGCCAUGCGUGCCAGUUUUAACAAUCAAAAUUGGCUCAGAGCCAUACCAGGCUUUGACUGAACCAGAAGCCAAAGCGGGGACAUCAGAACCAAAAGGAGCAGCUGCACCUGGCUCACCCUCAAAACAGCGACGGAAAUCUUGCCCCGAGCCAAGCAAGCCGUCAUAUGCAGUCUGCUCUUCGAAGCACCCGAAUGCAACAAAGGCGAAAGAGAAGCAAGACAAACCAGCCAAAUCAGCAGCAGAGCCCCAGCAGCAAACGAAGAAGUCAAGUCACAAAGCAAGUUCAAAGAACAAGGAGUCCAGUUCUGGAUCAAAACCAGAAGACGACAUCUGGUGCGUGCGCCGCAGCGAACGCAUAUUUCUUUUGGAUGCUGGGGUGGUUAAGUCAUCGUCACUGUCCAGCCCACCCGAACGUCAGGAAGCCAGCACCUCUGGCACAUCGCAGCGUGCAAAGCCCGAAAAGGCGAAUGCCACUACACCCUCCACUUCCAAAGCUCAGCCACACACUUCUGGCAAGGCCACAACUAGUGCAGCCGGCUCCUCCUAUGCCCCCUCGGAAUGCGCUUCUGAACCGUCGAGAACUGCUUCUUGCUCCUCUGCUUCCACUGUGCGUCGAAGGCAGAAAUUGGUCUCGGUGCUGCGGAAGUGCUCACGAGCAGUUGGGGUGACACCAAACGACACCGACUCUGAUGACCAGGGGAGUGAUUCAACUGAAAACGUGCCCCUCAGCCGCCUCUCAGCAGCUGCAAAAAACAAUUCGGAUCAACCACAGCAAUGCUACCUGCUGCCAGAGGAUCUUCACGACCUCACACGUGUUGUGAUGCUGGAGGAUGGCCUUUUCUAUACGGGCUACAUCAACGAAAUUCAGGCACCAGACGUCUACGGCAUCACACUGGAUGGCGAGCGAGGCAACAGACCACACAUAUUUUCUCGCGAAGAGAUCCUGAAAGCAGCGGUGCGUGAAGUGAAGCCACGCUCGCUGAAGGAAGUGCCCGAGGGGCGCCGUGUCUGUGCCUACUGGAGCCAACAAUAUCGUUGCCUCUACCCUGGUCUGGUUGCCAAAGCCACCAGUCCAAACCCUUCUCCAAGCAAUUCCCUUGUCUAUGUGGAAUUUGAUGAUGGUGAUUCUGGAAAGAUUCCCAUAGAAGAUGUCCGAUUGCUGCCGCAGGACUUUCAUCCCAUUGCUGGAGACCCGCAUCCAUCUCUUGUCCUGAACAAAAAGCGCAGCCGGAAUACAGAGAAUGGGCAGGAAGCCUCCACAUCCAAUCAGCAGAAUCCACAGAGGGUCCGAAAGAGAAAGAAGCCCAAAACCAAAAAAACACAAGGAACACCUUCGAGCGACGAGUCUGAUUCGGACAGUGGCGAAGUCUUCGAUGCAGCCGAUGGACCGAGUACAUCGAAAAAGCGGCGGCGGGAGCACAAGCACCGCCGGCAUCACAAACACCAUCGCUGUCAUCACCGGCAUAAACAUCACAAACGACACCGGGAACAUUCCACGGACGCUGCCGACCAGAAGGGCACUAGCAGCAAGGCUACUCGCCGAGACAGUGGGGCCACAACCACAUCCACCUGUUCCUCGGAGCCUUCGACCUCUGGAUGCUCCCUGUACUCGGCGGGGCCCAGUGGCUUGGGAAACAAGUCCGGGCUGAAAGUUCGCAUCCGGACUUCAUCCACAGAAAUGCAGCAGGCAGAUGCGGAGAGCAGCGAUGAUGCCUCGGAAGAUAGCAGUUCAUCAGAUGAGGCUGUGAGCGUGGCUUCUAAAAGAGGUCCCGCCAAGCGAAAAGGACGCCUCCCCUCGGUGGAGAAAAGCAAAAUCGCGGCAUUCUUGCCGAUGCGACAGCUGUGGCGAUGGUCGGGCACAGGCUCCCAACGGCCGGGGCUGAACGGGAAGGCCAGGAAGGAGUUUUACAGCACCAUCUACAGGGGCAGGGAAUCCAUUCGGGUUGGUGACUGUGCGGUGUUCCUGUCGACGGGACGGCCCAACCUGCCAUACAUUGGCCGCAUCGAAGCCAUGUGGGAAGGCUGGAAUGGAAACAUGGUGGUCCGCGUCAAGUGGUUCUACCACCCGGAGGAGACCAAGGGACUCGCAAGGCGUCUCAGACACCCCAAGGGUGCGCUGUUUGAUUCUCCGCACCGGGACCAGAAUGAUGUGCAGACCAUUUCUCACAAAUGCGAGGUCCUUCCCUGGGACGAGUACCGGGCGAUCCGCGGGCUGCGCAGCGAUGAAUCCUGCGCCGAUGUCUACUACCUCGCUGGAUGCUACAACCCCUACGACAACACCAUCUCAAUUAAGCCCUCAUUGACACUGUGAUUAUGUCAGUAGACUGCAAUCUCGUCUGGCGAAAGCCACAGGCAGGGUGUGGGCCAUCUUGUGGCUUCCUCCGCAGUGUUUUUAACCUGUCAGCAAAUAAAUUAUAUACAGAAGCAGUGGUCGCAAAAUUUAAUUACGACAUAAUCUAACAUGGCCAGGGCGGUGCAUUACUAAAUACGCAGCUUUAUUUCUCACUUGUUAUUAGGAUAUUUGGAGACAGACAUUUCAACAUGCUGGCAACUGUUUAUGCUUCAUUUGGCAUACAUUGUCAUAGCAAAUCAUAGACCAUGUAGUUACCUUCUGAAAACUGUCUCCUUGCUGCAUAGUCAUUGUAGUGUCUUUAUUCUUUACACAGUGUUUAUAUAGUAGGCGGGCCAAAUCCCACUAGUUGAUGUAGAGAAGCUCCCUGUCAGAAAACACGUGUAAUUCUGGCCUGAAUAUAGGAUUGUUUAAGCACACCACACGCACAUGCCAGUAUUUCCGGGAACUAAAGCUUCUGCGCAUCAACUAGUGGAAUUUGUCUUUGCGUUUCUGUUUCGAAAUUCCUUGUUGUCAUAAUCUGCACGCUGUUGAGGUGUUUGGCACAGAGUUGCCAUCAGCUGGCAAAAUGGUUUAGUGACUCGUGGUUGCCGAGGUCACGUGGCGGGCACCUUUGACACAAGAGGGCAUAUCAGAAGAUGUCAGGGGCCAGUGUUGAUAGCAGGGCGGGCUGUCUUCCAAAGACGGGGAGGAAUUAUUAGGGGUGUGAGAGCUGUCUCCGUUUCUUGCUUUCACGUUUGUAUUUUGUUGUCGGUUCUUGCAUGAACUUGCGUAUUGUUUCGUUUAAUUUACGUUUCUCCUAUUGUGAUGGGCUUGAAGAAGAUUACGCGAGAGGAGUUUAUGAUGCCUCCUCUUGGUUUACGGACAGGUUUACGGACAGGAGCGGGUGUCCAUGUGAAAUGUGUACAGCUGUUUGUACUAUACUCUCUCGUCUCAUGCGUGCACCAACACAACAUUGCCCGGUGUGUCUUCUUUAUUUACUUUUUUUGUUCCGACAAGACUGCGCAGACGGCCUCCAAGAAUGAGAGCUGAAGAUGCUAAUGCUACUGAGGUGGCAAGUCCUGCCAGAUGUAAACGCAUCUUUGUACAUCUGAGGUAUUGUUUCGAAGGCAUGCAGAAAGAGAGCCACCUUAAGGGCUUGUAGCUCAUUUAGGCACGUAGUGUACGUUGCUUAAAUAAAUAUGCCUUGUUUAGGUUGUAAACUACUACUCAACAGGUACAGGAUUCUCAAAUGAUGACCUUUGGAAAUGCAGUCGCUUUCGUGAAAUUUUGUGUGACUUGGCAGCACUGUGCCAAGCUUGCUACCUUCGCAUAGUGCAAAGAACACUGUUGGCUGCAUAACUUCACUGUGUCCAUUGCUGUGCAAGAUUUUGUGAGGGUGAUUGUAUCCCCAAAAGUCAUCGCUCAGGCCUGUCUUUUUCGUUAGAGCACCAGAUGUCGUUAUAGAUGCAGAAAGGGUAUCUACUCAUAACACAUGCCCACUGUUAUGUAUAUUAUUAUUGGUGCACUUAUAGAAAGAAUUUCGAAAGCAGCAAUUUGAUUUUACGUUCCUUAUUUCUGCAGUGAAGCCUUACGGAGCUUUAGAAGAAUGUCUGCUGCAGGGGUUCUUGGGGGCUGUCUUAUGCGGGCUUGUACGUUUAUCUUUCUCCACUGUGCACUUGUUAUCGCUCAUUUUCCUCUGGCACGCAGCUGUGUAACCUCUGUAGUGGCAUCUUGAACACAAUGGCAUGCCUCACCCCUCCGUCUCUAUGCAUUUUCCCCACCCUCACAUGUCGGAAGCGCGCUUGAUUGGGAGGUGUCCACAAAACACCACGUCUGUGAAACUUGUUCUCCCGCGUCAAAGUUCUUCGCUGUUUGUAAAACAAAGCCGCACGCCCACUGUUUGAGCUGCGGCGCGCUGUUAUCCGUCGUUCACUCUUGCGACGGGUGCAAGCGCACAUUUUUUGUGUAUCGCUGUCGUGGUCGAUAAUCAUAGCUGAAGUCAUCACAUCACCGCGUACAUUUUGUGCAUUUCACCCACCUCAGAAAGCUAGUGUUUCUUUUGCUUUUUGUCCGCAUUGCACUGUAUUUUCGAGCUGCUUCGAAAUCACUUGUUUGGAACUGCUGCAUUGAGCUAUCAGCUGGAGUGGAUAGUGACCAGAGUUUUGGUCCUAAUGCACUGAUUGCUUGUCACUGCGAGAGUCUUUUGAGAUUGCAUUGCUCCAAGGCAAGGAGGAAAGGGCACUUCGUAGUGCACACUGAUGUUGAUAGUUCUGUACUGGGCAGCUGGCCACAGGUAGACAGGGUGUUUUUUUUUUUUGAGUACAUGCCUACAGUGCGUAUGAGGCCAGUGAUUUCAUGCACAAGUCACGAAUGCACAACAAUUACUGCUGUCAUCACAUGAUAGAAACUGAGUAUGAGAGAUAGUCAUCUGCUUUGACUGCACAUUGAACAAACUACCGUGGCCAGCAGCUGGUGACAAGCGCCUCGAUUGUCAUCCGUUCUUGCACGAAGCUGGAUCUCUCAGCAGUGAUAAGCACGUCUCUGUGGUGCUGAGACUGAAAGGUUUCGAUCUGAAGCUGGCAAGGAACAGCUGCUGGUUCAUUGUAAGUGAACACUUGUUAGCUGGCUCAAUCCUAGAACAACUUUAGUAACUUGUCAUCUCUGUGGUGCUUGUGGCAGCAUGUACACUCAGCGAGCUUAUCAGUGUUUACUCAAGUUUGCACCAUGAGAAAGAAAAAAAGAAAGCUGCUCUACUCAUACACACAACGCUGAAAAGCAACACGCAAACACACAAAAACCCGGUGUCACCCACUCACGUGAAACAUGAAGCUAAUGACAAUUUUUUUUUGUGUGGUUUUGCGACAUUUAAAGAAAAGAAUGUCUCGUCAGUCAUUUUACAGAGCAUUUCUUCUGUGCAGUUCACAGAAAAAGUGUGCUCAAAGCUUUACUGGCUUUGGAUUAUCAGGGUUUCACAGUGCUUCAUAUCUCAGUAGGGCAUGUUGUCAUAGGGUUGAGUCAGCACUACACGCUUGUGCCAUGAAAGUGUUUGCCACUGUUUAAUGGGUUCGUGGAUGGUUGAGGUGGUUUUUCUGCAACUACAACUGUAGGCUGCUGCCUAUAUUUGUGGCACAAAAUCACAAUUUACAAACCCAGCCAGCCUUUUUUAUCGCAAUUAGCAGGUCUGGGACCUGGCUUAAAAUUUACGGCAGCUAGUCUGUGAGACACCGGUGCUGAAAGAUGUUUUUAUCGUUUGUUGUUAAGGCCAGGCUGCCCACGAGGGUGUUGGCGGUGCACAGUUUAUGGGAAUGGGGAAGGCUGCUUCCAGAAGAGUGUUGCUUUUGUGCACAUCGCGAGUUUUGGCUCGACAGCAAGUGCAGACGACGAGCAGUUGAAGAUGCGCGCAGUCCAUGUGCUUCACUGUACAGUGCAAAAGGGGCAAUUUUUGAACGAGCUGGUCUUUGCGAGGGACGCUAGUGUAGAGUGGGUUGCAUUACCGUAAUCAAAUCUGGCUUUCACUGUGGACACAUGAUUUUUAAGGGAGCCAUGAAAACAGCACACGAUUUUCCUGCAGAUAGAAUCAAACAUUAUGGAAACUGAAGCUGCCGGCUGCACUUCACCUGCAUGACAAUUACGGUGUUCCUGUCAAAGCCAGUCUGUGUGUUGAUGCUAUAAACGUGACUGAUAUGCAUUCCAUUAGGCUGUUGCCAUGUGACAACCAGUUAGAACUUGGCCCCCAGUUACAUUAUGAACCUUGCACAGCAGGAAAACGAGGCCAGGCUAACGCCAGGAAUAAGGUCCCAAUGGAUGCAGAUGUAAAGCAUCGGAGGAAGCUCUCGUUGCACACACAAUUGCCUACAUUUUUAACAGACUUACCGUACAGUGAUCUGCGCUACUUAUUUUUAACAAAUUUGAGAGUAGGUUCGGCACUUACUGCUGCAUCGCUUGCUUAAAUUUCACAACAUAAUUGCACAAUUCGUUUAACGACAUUCAAUAAACACUUGCCAUUGUUAUUUGGCUGGCUUCUCUGUAGGCACUGGAAGCAGACCGUUCCUCUGCUUCCAUUUGCUUCUUUGAUGGUGAGGCGUUCAUGGUGUCUGGCACAUUGUUGAUUGAGUGUCUCGUUGAUCAGCACAAAUUCUGCAUUGCCUUAUUGCAAUAUUCGAGUAAAAAGUGAAACAACAACACAUGUGCAAAUUUUCUUUAUAAAAUGGAUCAGACUGGUUACUGUACUGAGUGCUUAGUACUUUUAUGUACAGUUUAAUUUUAAAGUUCACUGUUGAUGUUCCCGACAGAUCUGCUGUUGAGCUGCACACAAGAAUAGGAAAAGCUCAAGCAUGGCAUUUGUGAAACAUGUUGCCAAGUGCAAGAAGAGGUAAUGUUUUUUUGGUUAGUAUAGAACAAGCCCCCAGGUUUUUCUGAGGAGCAUAGCAGCAGAAAUGUUACCAGCUACAAAACCGUUAGAAGAAUGUUCAGUGUGGCAUAUUCAGCCUCUAUGGUUGCAAGGCAAUGCAGUGUGCACCGAGUACUUUCCAAUCUCUGAAAAGCGGGCAACUUGUAGAGCAUUCUUCUGGAAGCAGUCUUCCUCCUGAAACACGCGGGUUCACAAGUGCUUGUCAGAUUUAACUGAAGUGUUGAGACGGGGUGCAAGAGUUUGGUGGCAGAGUUUCGACUGCAGCUCCGGAGAGAGCGCUUUAUUUUUGUAGGUGCGACGGUUGGCAUGGCCCGGGAAGGGGCUUUGGUUUUUGUACAUAGGCAAGUUGUCAUCUGCUAUCAUAUUCUGCAGUUGUGUUGCUUCACAUAUUUCUCUUGCCCUGUUCUGCUAGCAGGAAUGAAAACUGACUGUGAUUUUCACUCGUUGAAAAAAAGUGGGAUUUGUUGAACGACGGUGGCUAGGAUGCUCCUCUCUCCCUCUUUCUGUCCCUUGGAAACUUCUUUCAAGUCUUGACUGACAAGAGAACUUCAUAACGGAAGUUUGCAAAAGUGAUCGCUACAAAGUCUGUUGUAAGUCUGUUGUGCCAUACGUAUGUUCUGGGUACUGUUUGGGUGGCAAGAAGUGUUGCAUAGCGUUCCUUGUUGUUCUGAGUUUUCAUUUGUGCUUCACCCAAGAACGGCUCUUGUUUGCUGCAGCCGCGAGUUCUCCCCGUGCAGUUUAAAAAUGCGUACGCUUGUCAUUUUGUGUGCGUUGGUGCAAUGCUCAGUUUGCCGAGUCUUCUUUUUGCUAUUGGCUGUCUGUUCUGAGGAAGUUUCAUGUUGUCGCUGCUCUGCUUACAAUUUUACACCGAUUCCCACUUGACUCUCAAAUGACCACUUGGAAUGAUCAGUUCAUUCGUAUUAUUUCUACACUUUAUGAUUAACGAAGUUCUUGUUCACGUCUUGGCCGCCUUCUAAUUGUGAGGGUAGCUUAUGUCAUUGUUUCCAGCACGCUAACGAACCACCUUGGACAGGUAGCUGCGAAAGGCAUGCGGGACUUGCCACAGCUUUUGGCACAAAGACUCUGAUAAUUUACUAUGUAGCCAUGCUCAUUUCAUGCUUGGUACUUUACAACAGAGCUGUGCAAAAUACAUUCAGCUCUGAAUGUUUCCUAUUUUAGAUGUGACUAGUAUUCACGAUUAAAAUACCUGUUUAAAAUUUAUGCAUGGUCUUCUAGUUUCACAGUGUAAGCACUGUACCAAAACUCGUAGACUGCAGUCUCAAUGGUGCAACAAAGCAAAGGCUGAACAAAAGGAAUUCAGCUGCACUCCACCAUGAAUCCUUCCUCAGAACAACCCAGCUACAUAUACAUUGUACAAGUUCUGCUGUCUGUUCUGCAUUGCUCAAAGCUUUUUUCGUUUAUGGCUUCGUUUUUGGUCAUCAACUUUGCCCAGAUCUCCGAGGGGAGAAGGUUAUUUUCCCUCAGCACUUUGUGCUUGUGUUGGCUUUUUUUCUUUUUUUUUUUCCUGCCAACUUUGUCUUAGCCAUACAGGACAGCUGUCUAGUUUGUACAGAGCUUGAGUUAUUUUCUGCACAUGUCCAAGUGACCA